AUUUUUCAAAUGACCUAAUUGAAUACAGAAGGAUAACUAGAUACAAUUUUAUGUCAUAUGGUUUGAAAACCUUUGAUCCAAACAUUGAUUCUUCUAGUAAUAAAAUAUGUUGUACAAAGUUUAACACUUCCUUUCCUUUUUUUUCUGUGCCAUAAAUUUGUGCGUCUGCGUCUGCCACGCGGCGCUCAGUGGCUUUUGUAGGGUUCCAUUUUUGACAUCCAGUUGGUGAGUACCUUGGCUUGAUGUCUGUCAAAAUGAGUGCCUCUGUGUUUGUGGUGGCAAGCUUGUCAAAAAGUGUACCUCACUUUUACUGGUUUGUUUUGCUACACGUUUUUUUUCGGCGCAACAGCAAAUUUUCAAUAAGGAUAACGAUUCAAUAUCAAGGCGGAAAGACGCUGGUACCACCGAAGUCGUCAGAGGACGUUGCCACAGAAUUGUUGACAUCAGGGCAGCGAGUGGAUUUUGAUUUGAUGAAGGACAAAAAGGCAGCAGCGCCGUCGGACCGAGUAGCUCAAGGCUGUCCGAACCUGCGCAAAUACGUGCCACUAGAUCUGCACUUCCAAAAAACCCGCGCCAUGAAAAAGUCACAGCGAGAAGCCACCCGAUUUACUCAAAAAAGAAUCAGAAACUCGCCUAUCGGAAGUAUUCUAAAUCCAGGCAAUCUUUUGUCAAGUUAAACUACUUUUUUGCCCAGCGAUUUUGUUUUGACGACAACUACAGUAUGUUUUUUCGUCGAGCACCUUAUGUUGACGCAUCAGUACUUUGGUGUUUAAUCACAGCUUUAACAACUCUUUUUCAACUCAAAUCGAGUAAUAGGUAGCUCAGUAGGAAGUGCACAAGCAAGUUUGAGGUUUUAAGCAGUAAAAAUAGAAAAUAACAUGAAAAUAGGAACAAAAUCUCAACCUCGCCGAUUUUUGUUGAAGAAAGAAACUUGUAGAAUUUAUUGUACUUUCAUAAUGUGUUAAAUGAAAUAAAGAAAUGGAAUCGGUUUUUUAGGCAA